AUGUACGCGUUAUCGAUAGGAGUCCAACAUAUCAAUAACCGGCUUCCAAACAUUGAAUAUGCGUUGCUCUCCGGCUUGAACGCAUCGACAGUGGGAAUCGUUGCUCUUGCAGCAGUUCAACUUGCAGAGAAAGCUAUUAAAGACACGCUAACCAGAGUCUUGGUCAUCACUGGACCGUGGGCCGGGCUGUGCUAUACUCCAUUGUGGUACCUUCCAGUCCUGAUACUCACUGGUGGAAUAGUGACCAGUGUCUGCGACUUGUGGCUUCAGCAGCAGGUUGGCAAGGUAAAAGUAAAAUGGGUGAGAAGGCGCAGAGGCGCUUCUGAUAUACUAGACCUCGGCGAGGCGGAUGCUCCACGACCUGUUGAGCUUACGGAACGCAAUGGAGGCGAGCGCGAAGGACCCGGUCUGCAGAGACGAAACAUCGGGUAG